AAAAAGCAGUCUAUUUUCGCGGAUUAUGUACCACUAUUAAAUAAAGAUUUUUUCGUGACGUUCAAUCUGGUCCGUAUUUUGUGUCAAACGCUUUUGCUUUCGUUUUCAAGAUUGGACCUGAAUAGCACGACGUGAGCGGGUGCAUCCUUCUAAUGCUUGACUUGUGGGUGUUGUUACCUGAUUUGCCUAGAGUCGAGCUAGUGCAAUUGAAGCAAUGAGUGUUGGAUAUGUCUUUCCAGUUACCGACAGUUGGAUUGCAAUAUUAAAAUGUGGGAUUCUUGCAAUUUCUUAUGUUGGCAGCUUGUACCUUAAAAAAUCCCCUUAUCCUCGUGACCAUCCUGCCACAAUCAGACAGAGAAUUAAAAGUGUGACAGUAGUGUGUUUGUUAGCACCUUUGUUUUUGUUUUGGGGCUGCACAGUAAAGGAAAAUGAAGGUUUUCAGUUUAUCAAAUGGCUUGGUGUAAGCUUUCAUAAAAUCUUUCCUGCCAUUUUGCUUCCUGUUAUAUUGACAAUAAUUUUGUUUAUGGGCCCAAUUUUCCUGUAUUUGAUAGAAGAUGGACUGGCAGAUUUUAAAGCAAAUUUCAUGGUGAUUUGUAAUUCAGGCGACCUUGUGGCUUAUCGCACCUAUGUAGUUGCGCCCUUCACUGAAGAGUUUAUAUUUAGAGCUUGUAUGUUACCCAUUCUGGUUCCUAAUUUUGGAUUAUUUUGGUCCAUUGUUUUGGCACCACUUUUUUUUGGUGUUGCACAUUUUCAUCAUGUGAUAGAGCAAUUACAACUUGGUCAUGAAUUGGUCCCGGUAAUUAUGUCAUCGCUAUUCCAAAUGCUAUACACUACUGUGUUUGGAAUGUAUUCAGCAUUUUUAUUUUUACGUACAGGCCAUCUAAUCGGGCCUAUAUUAUGUCAUAGUUUUUGUAACUUGAUGGGUUUUCCACAAUUUGAGAUGGUACCAUCAUCCAAGUAUCCAAAGUUCAUUUCUUUAUCUUUUGUUAUUGGUUUAUUAUUGUUUGUUUAUUUAUUAUUUCCAUUAACAGAUCCUAUAAUCUAUGAAAGUAUUUAUUGGAAAUAGAUCAUAAUAUUUGUAUGUGUAACUAAAGGAAACUUUUUGAAAUGUGAAGUUGACAUUUUAAAUACAUUAUACGUUAUAUUUAA